ACACAAAACACAACCUGACUCUAGGUACAUGUUCAACUUUAAUGUCUGGUGCUGGUAGCUGGUGGUGUGUCUCUACACUUUGUGUAAAAGAAUCUUUAACUCGGCAGCAUUUUUAAGAAAUAAACAUCAUCAUUUUUGUGCAAUAAAAACAAAACUCUUGUUGUUCCAUUCAAUACCCUAAUUCGAGUUCCCCGGCCGCGAACUAAAAACAACGAAAACAAACUAAAAAACACUCAAGUAUUUUCCAAAAACAAAACUUACUCCGUGUUAACUCCCUCGUAGGUUGUAGCUCAUCCUCUAGAGCUUCUCUCCGCGGUCAACAAAUAGAAAACAGCGGAAAAACAAUCAAAAAACAAUUCAAAAUGGAAUGGACUCGAGACAAGACCCUCUCGCUGAUCAAUGAGUACAAAAAGAGACGUGGUCUCUGGGACAUGACCCACGAAGACUACCGCAAAAAGGAAAUGAAACAUAAGCUCCUGCUCGAGGUCUCUGCGAGUCUCGGCGGGGGCAUUCCCAUUGUCGAAAUCGAGAAGAAGUUCCACACACUUCGGACGCAAUACCAUCGCGAGAUAAAUCGCAUGAAACGCAAGGAACCCUACAACUCCAAGUGGUUUGGUUUCAAGAAUCUGCAGUUCUUAAGUUCACCGAAAGCCAUGCGAGCAGGCAAGGGCAAAAUGAAGGCGGAAAUCACAGAGGACGGUGUCACCAAGUACAUCAUCCGUGAUGCGUCCUCCAGGGAUUCAGAGGUAGCUGGAGCGGUGGCUGCCGCAGCAUCUUCCAUUACAACAGAAUUCCUCACUAUUCACCGCACCAAACCGGCGACGACGACAACAACAACGGUGACCUAUGAACCCACACCAGCGACUGCUCCAACGCCCAUAGCUAUUGGACGUGUGCAGAAGUUCGAAUCAAAUCGGGCACGCGAUCUGGAGAAGCUCAUUGAAGAGACUACCAAAGAUGUCGAGGAGCCGGAAGAAUCGAAGACGAAGAUAAUCAAGGAAAUCAACAUCCCGAUGCAACAUCACUCGUACAGCAAUGCUUCAAUAGCCACUCAGGAAGAAUCACAAUCCCAGCAUCAGCACCAGCACCAACAUCAACAUCAGGAACAUCAAAUUGAAGAAGAGCAUUUGAGCACCAUCGACAUACAAACAAGUGUUGACGAUGAGAACAUGGGCUACCAUCAUCAUCAUCAACAACACCAGCACCAGGCUCCCGCCCGCGUUUUCAAGAUCCAACGGCGUGACACUUGCAACGAAGACGACUACUACGAGGAGGAACAACAGCAACAAAGUCAGCAUCAGCAGCACAUCCAGAGCAAGCGCAUCUACUACGACAAUGGCACCUCAUCCCAAGUCAAUGCAACCAUGGCCGCUACCUCGCCGUCGGCUUUGACAAUAGCCAAAAUGCAGACGGUCCAAUCGCCUCGAUUCCGAGAUGAAUUCGCAACCUAUGGCGAGUAUGUGGCCAACGAAAUGAGGACAAUAUGCAAUCGGGAGAUCCUGAUAUCGCUUAAGCACAAAAUCAACACAGCCCUCUUCGAGGCUAGUAUGGCCGAGUUGCAACAGAAAUGAGAAUUUCAGAACAUGGAGAUAUGGUGGGAUUGAAAUUUGUAGGUAGUUAUAGAUGAUAAGUUUUAGGUCUCGUCUUUCGUCUAUCGUAGUCGCGUCGUCGUCGGUCGUCUCUCGAUUCUCGUCACUCCAUUUUCUAUUAUAUUAUAAACAAUAUACUUAGGAUAAAUAUUGAAAGUAGGUACAUGUUUAUAAAAUGUACUAUAUUUAAGAUUGCACACCAAGUCAAUGACAGUUAAUCUUUUAGUUUUAUUGAAGUUUUAUCAUAAAUUAACAAAUAUUGCAAAAUAAAUGAAUUAAGAAGUUAUUAGAGAAGCAAUAAAAAUAAAGUGUUGAAAUGUCUAGAGGAGAUUCAAACAAA